AUGUCUCUGCUGCCUACUGCACAUCUUCGGGUUGCGCGGCCUACUGACGACAUUGACGCCAUCAUCCCGUUCUAUCGGGACGGCCUGGGCUUUGAGAUCCUGCUCCGCUUCGCCGACCACGCCGGCUUCGACGGCGUCAUGCUGGGGCGACGAGGCGCCGCCUACCACCUCGAGUUCACGACCAGGCGAGGGCACGUCGCGGGUCGCGCCCCGACCGAGGACAACCUGCUGGUCUUCUACCUUGCCGAGGACACUGCCUUCCGCACGGCCGUCGCGCGCAUGCAGGCGCAGGGUUUCGACGCCGUGGCCAGCUUCAACCCGUACUGGGACCAAAAGGGCAAGACUUUUGAAGAUCCGGAUGGCUAUCGGAUCGUGCUGGCCAACAUGGCGAACCCCGCAGUCUAA